AUGACAAACAAUUCCUUUGCAAUUUCCCACUCCCAAAACUUCUCCUCUGACUCAAGAUCGACAUUCUUUUGGGACAACCACACCGGCUCCUCCUCUCAAUGCCCCCACCAUCCACCACCACUUGCUGGUACAAACCAGCCCCAAGAGAAUCUCCUUCUCCCAACCCCACAUCCUAGGAAGCCACGUGGCAGGCCACCAGGCUCCAAGAAUAAGCAAAAGAUCAUUUCCUUCCCUGUGGCCCAACCCAGUGAGCCAUUUGUGAGGAUCGUCAUCAUCAAUGUGGACCCAGGUAGGGACAUCAUGGAGUCCAUUCUUGAUGUUGCUCGCCAAGGUCACGUCAACCUCACUGUCCUUAGCACCUCUGGCACAGUCACCAAGGUGACCCUUCAGAACUCACUCCAUGGGGCUGCUGCCCUAACACUCCAUGGGCCCUUCACCUUGCUUUCCCUCAAUGGCUCAUACUUAAUCAACAACCACCACAACCUUAACUCUGGAGCCACCCUUCCUCCUCCUUCAUCCUUUGGAAUCCACCUCUCCACCUCUGGAGGCCAAGCCAUUGGUGGUGCCAUUGGCGGCCAAGUCAUUGCUGGUGACAAUGUUAAGAUAACGGUCUCCACCUUUUGGAAUCCUGAGAUGUACAAGUAUAUUCCUGAAGGAAACAAAGGUGGCAAUGACGAUAACAACGAUAGGGAAAAUAAUUAUAACAAUAACCCUAUUGAUUGCAAUGGGGGGUGGAAACCAAUUGGGGUUCAAUAUGGUUAG